AUGAAGGAUCCCAUCUUGCCCAACGAUGAUGGGUCGGCUCGUCCACUGACCUUUCGAAAACGGUUCUUCUUACCCCCUGAUAGGAAGAUCAAGAUGGCUCGACUAUACGCCACCAGCCACGGAGUUUAUCGUGCCAGUCUCAACAGUAAGCCGGUCGGAGACGAAUGUAUGGCCCCCGGCUGGCAAAGCUACAAGAAGCGUCUGCACUAUCAAGUGCAUGAUAUUGGACGCCUGCUGGAACCUGGCGCAGAGAACACUCUUCUGGUCGAUGUGGGACCCGGGUGGUUCGCAUCUGCUUUGUCAUGGGUUUGCCGGAGGUUUGUCUAUGGCAUCGAGCUUGGUGUCCUCGCACAAUUAGAAGUGCAGUUCCAUGAAACUGACGAGCUGGUCGUAGUCUGCACAGAUUCGUCCUGGUCAGCCACAAGCUCGGCCAUUCUGAGAAGCGAGAUCUACAACGGAGAGGUCUACGAUCAGCAACGAGCAAUAGAGAUUAGCGGGGAAAACGUGCAGUUGUCUCAAAACAUGUGGUUUGAAACCAGAGUCUCAAGUACAGCUGUCGCGCCCUUGACCUCACCAAAUGGACCGCCAGUGCGAGUUACGGAACGCCUUCGACCGAGAUCAAUCUCGAAAUCUGCAUCUGGAAAGACCAUCAUAGAUUUCGGACAAAAUAUUGCAGGCCGGUUGUGCGUCAAGCACCUUCUCAAACCAGCGGGGAACGAAGUUACUUUCCGCCACGCGGAAGUAAUGGAAGAUGGCGAGCUGGAGACGCGACCGUUGCGAACAGCAGAGGCGAAAGAUACUGUGGUAUGCGCCGGAACAAUUCUGUCGAACUGGCACCCCAGUUUCACUUUUCAUGGUUUUCGAUACGUCGAAGUGACGGGAUGGUCUGACGAGGACUCGGAGACGCCUCUGACCAAAGGUAGUCUCGUUGCAGAAGUUAUGCAUUCCGAUAUGCGAAGGACAGGUUGGUUCUCUUGCUCUAACGAAGAGGUAAACCAGCUUCACAAGAACACGGUGUGGAGUAUGAGAGGCAACUUCCUUAGCAUACCGACUGAAUGUCCUUCCAGAGAUGAGAGACUGGGAUGGACAGGUGACUUGAACCUCUUUGCCCCUACGGCCACCUUUCUAUACGAUACUGGCGGAAUGCUGGGGGACUGGCUCCAAGACUUAUAUGCCGACCAAAUGGACGAACAUAAGGACUGGGAGCAAGGCAUGGUACCGCUCUACGUACCAAAUUGCUUAAUGGGAGCUGGUCCUGGAGACGACGGGUGGCACCACAUGCCGAAUGGCGUUUGGGGGGAUGCCGCAGUCAUGAUACCGUUUCAGCUCUACAUGACUACAAGAGACAUCAACAUCCUAUCACGCCAAUAUGACAGCAUGACGCAGUAUCUCGAAAAGGGUGUCCGACGCGGUCAUGAUGGUCUCUGGGAUCCCUACCAAUGGCAGUUCGGUGACUGGCUAGACCCCUCGGCACCGCCAAAUAGUUCGGGAAGAAGUCGGACAGAUGGCACUUUUGUCGCAGAUUGUUUUCUGAUUGAGUCAACACGGAGAAUGGCCGUAAUCGCCAAAGAACUCCACAAGCCAGAGGACUUUACUCACUUCAAUGCCGUUUACCUCCAGUUACUGACGGCGUUUCGAAUGAAAUAUGUGACGCCUGCGGGCCUUUUGACCCCUGAUACACCCACGGCUCAUGCGCUCGCCAUUGCCUUCGACCUCUUGCCAUUCUCUGAGACGUCUGGUGUUUCCUCAAGAGAGCAUGUAUCAGCUGCACGCAUCUCACGCGCCCUCCGUUUUGACGACUUCAGCAUCUCGACUGGCUUCGUCGGCUCUGCCUUUUUACUCCCCAGCCUCACUAAGACCCACCAGGACACCCUUGCGUACCAGAUGCUUCUAUCGCGAUCGCUCCCAUCUUUCCUUUACCCCGUACGCAUGGGUGCCACAACGAUUUGGGAGCGUUGGAAUAGUCUAAAGCCUGAUAGACACGUCAAUGAAGCCAGGAUGACAAGUUUCAACCAUCACGCGCUUGGCGCUGUCACAAGUUGGCUGCACGAGUGCGUCGGAGGGAUCAAAGCUGCCGAACCUGGCUGGAAAGCUGUAUUGAUUGAGCCAUGUGUCAAUAGAAUGGUCUCGCGCGCCGAAGUCAUAUACGAGUCUGUUUAUGGACGCGUAGAAUGUCGGUGGGCAUUAGACGAUGACACUUUAAGCAUCGACAUCGCGAUACCCCCAAAUUCUCACGCAUGUAUCAUUUUGCCAGAUGAGCGCCGUCGACGAUCCCAGGGAUUGAAACAGAAUGAUCACUGGGUGGGCUCAGGACGGUAUCAUUUCAAAAGCGAGUAUAAGCGAGCAGAUAAGCCUGUCGAAGCGAUCCUUCCGCCUUGGGGCAGGUCGAGUUUCUGA